AUGUCUGCCUCAAUUAAAUUCAACUCUGAAAAGUCUGUUAAGAAGGACAAUACUCUCUACACCAAGUUUACAUAUGAGAGCUCAGUUGUGGAAACUCUGGAAGCUGGAACUUUCUCUGUUACCCCAACAAGCACUGACUACCAAUUCAAGGUUGACUUGGAAACCCCAAAGACCGGGUUACUCUUGGUUGGUUUAGGUGGUAACAAUGGUACCACUUUAGUUGGUUCUGUUCUUGCCAACAAGCACAACAUUUCUUUUGAAAAUAAGGAAGGUGUUGUAAAGCCAAAUUAUUACGGUUCUGUCACUCAAUCAUCCACUCUUAAGUUGGGUGUUGACAAGGAAGGUAACGAUGUUUAUGCUCCAUUCAACUCUAUCUUACCAUUUGUACACCCAAAUGAUUUUGUUGUUGGUGGAUGGGAUAUCAGUAACGCUAAUCUUGCCCAAGCCAUGAAGAGAGCUCAAGUUUUGGAUGUUACUUUGCAAAAGCAAUUGUAUCCUCACAUUGAACUGAUUACUCCUUUACCAUCAGUGUACUAUCCAGAUUUCAUUGCCAUUAACCAAAAAGAACGUGCCAACAACGUUUCUAAUGUUGAUGAAAACGGUGAAGUCUCCACUAAAAACAAAUGGGCUGAUGUCGAAAAGGUUAGAAAGGAUAUCAAGGAUUUCAAGGAAAAGAAUAAGCUUGACAAGGUUGUUGUAUUGUGGACAGCCAACACUGAAAGAUUCUCUGAACUUAUUCCAGGUGUCAAUGAUACUGCCGACAACUUGCUUGAAGCCAUUAAGAAUAACCAUGAUGAAGUUUCUCCAUCUACUGUUUUCGCUGUUGCUUGUAUCUUGGAUAAGAUUCCUUACAUUAAUGGAUCUCCUCAAAAUACUUUUGUUCCAGGUGCUAUUGAAUUGGCUGAGAAGCACAAGAGUUUUAUUGGAGGUGAUGACUUUAAGUCUGGUCAAACAAAGAUCAAGUCCGUUUUGGCCCAAUAUUUGGUUGAUGCUGGGAUCAGACCCGUGUCCAUUGCUUCCUACAACCAUUUAGGUAACAAUGAUGGUUACAACUUGUCUUCUCCAUUACAAUUCAGAUCCAAGGAAAUUUCCAAGGCAUCUGUCGUUGAUGAUAUCAUUGAAAGUAAUCAAAUCUUGUACAACAAGGAAAAGGGUGACAAGAUUGACCAUUGUAUUGUCAUCAAGUAUUUGCCAGCAGUAGGGGAUUCAAAGGUUGCAAUGGAUGAAUACUAUUCUGAAUUGAUGUUGGGUGGACAUAAUAAGAUUUCUAUUCACAAUGUCUGUGAAGAUUCUCUUUUAGCUACACCAUUGAUUAUUGAUUUGGUUGUUAUGACAGAAUUUUUAUCUCGUGUUCAUUACAAGAAGGAAUCUGAUUCUGAUGAUAAAUAUGAAGAUUUCUACGCAGUUUUAACUUUAUUAAGUUACUGGUUAAAGGCACCAUUAUCAAAGCCAGGCUAUAAGCCAAUCAAUGGAUUGAACAAACAGCGUUUAGCCAUUGAAAACUUGUUACGUCUUUUAGUUGGUUUACCAGUUAAUAAUGAUUUGAGAUUUGAAGAAAGAUUAGUUUAA